CCUCGCCCCUCGUGUUGAACAAAACGGACACCUAUCACUACCUGGAAAUGAAUAUGUCAACAUUGUGUAGUUGUAGUGUUCUGAAAAAUAAUAAUAGCGUACUUAUCCCCACCUCUUGACGCUGCAUGUAAACUAGCCCCUAACAGAUAGCGUCUUGUCAUACCAUGGGUUUCCAUGCUGUGGGCGUUUGCAGACGACUGCGUUUUAUUUGAUACUACAUAUCCCUGCCUGUGGAGUACCAGAAUGGACUUUAAGCCUAGGAAAGGCCACAUGUUGUUGUUCGAGCUGUAAUUGGUGUUAAAUAGCUGCUCACUCGUGUCCAGGAGAGUCGUAAAUAGGUAAAGUGGGUUCGGUCUAGACCCCAUGUCGUAAACUGCUUCACAAUUAUAUGACAAUGGUGCUUGUGGUCAACAUGAGAAACUCCUUUACUACAAAGUUAUGUUCAUCGUUAAGUCCGUGAAUGGGAAGGAUAACAUGAAGUGGACACCAAGCACUCCAGCAAACAGACCAAUAACACAGUGUCAAACAAGCGAGAUAGAUAUUUCAGUUGAUGUCCAGCAUGGAACAAUAGAAGCGGUCUGUAUACUCAAUGCGCGAAAUAACGCAGCGUCUAAGGGGUAACGGAUACCAUAACCGAUGGAUACUGCAUUAUUUCUGAAAACAGAACGUGGUUAACAAAUAAAAUACCAGCACAACGUCACUGCUCUGAUUGUGAGGCCCAUGAAACGCCAAUGUCAAUGUGAUACUUUCCGAUGGCGUGCUACCUGUCAUUAAGGAGGCGAGAUCUACGGGUUUGAAUGAGUCUGCAUACUUUGCACUUCGGACUGGGAUAUCAAUAUUUCCACGCUGUGUUUUAUUGGUAAAAGGUGUUACAGUGGAUGAAUUUACUUCAAUUCUAUAAGGACUAUGGAUAACAAAUGCCCGGAUGAAGAUUUCCAGGAACCUCAGGGCUCCGUGAUGACGAUGUCCACGGAGCAGGACCGGCUCAUGUGCCUGGACGCGCAGUGGAAGAUAAUAUUCAAUGAGCAAAUCCGUGCUCCCAUCUACGCUGUCGGCCACUACAUCAACUACCUCCGGAAGUAUGUACACGGGGACAAGGCGGGGUCGGGCGCACCCCCCAUGGUACUCAGGGAGGGCAUCAGUCCCAUGUCCUACCUUCUGCGCAAACUCAAGCUGGAUCUAAAGAUGUCAUAUGACAGCUUCUUGUACGAGUUCGUGAGCCCAAAUUACGAUGGUCUGUCACUACUGUUUGGCCUACUCAGGAAGCUCCAGAACUCGUCACCUGGCAACCAGAAGUCCGCCUCCGUUUCAAGCAAACACUCGAGUGUCGAAGAAUACAAGAGAAUGGUGACUGAUGAACAUGACUGUUUGCUGUGUAUCAAGUUUACGUUGAGACUAAAGCAUGCCCAGGACCAGCUACUGGAGAACUUCACCAACCUGGAGACGCUGGUGUGGAGUCUACUGAGCAGCAACACCAAGUCGAGGAUCACAUCUCUCGAGGUUCUCACCCUGGGUUUGGCUGUACCAGGAGGAUUCGACAAGGUGUUUGACACGUUCACCUACAUGCGGCUCAAGCUGGGGGAGUCGGUCAGGUUCAAGCUGCUUAUCAGUAUGCUCAACAACCGGGGGUCGGGACACGUGCUCUUCCAGGUGGCCUGCAUGAGGUUCCUGAACGCCCUUCUCAAUUGCCCCAGCUCGGGCAGUCUGAGGGUCUAUCUCCAGGAAGAGCUGAGAAUGGCUGGUUUUGAACUUGCACCGUUGGUAGAGAACUGUAACGGAGAUGGAUUGGAGUUUGACGAUCUACGGAAGGAGCUGGAAGACUGGCAGGCCAGAUACAUAAACGUGGAUACUCUCCUGAGGAAACAUCGGUUUGACUUCCGGGCUUCACGUGACAGGAGAUACGACCGAGCCGAUGGUCAGGUCAACUAUGCUGUAGUGCAUGGUCAACCGCAGGUCAAUCCGCGGAAGGAUACAAGAACAGAUCAUCUUGCAAGCAAAUCAGUUCCAAAUUUGAGUCAGGUGAAUGGACUGCUACGUGAUGACGUCACAAUCACAUACACCGUGAACGGGGUCGCACAAGAGGUUGAGCACUGGGCUGAAGAACGGUACAACUUGAGCCAGAUCGGCCACAGGCUGACCAGCAUGGCACAGCAGAGAGGCGAAGAGGCUAAGAUAUACCAAGACGUCCCCAACAUGAGUUAUACAUUCCCCGACAUCCGACAUUACAUCAUGACGUAUGACAUCACGUGCCUGACUGGUGAUGCCCCGGAUGUGUUGCUCAGGCUGCUGAAUAUAAAUAAUCACCAGGACACAGACAUAUCGACGACAAACAGCCACAACCCCCAUCACAUUGGAGGCUUCUUGAACCUGUCUAAGAAGUUGCAGAGCAUUAGCGAGUGUGAGGACCGACUGAAGCUGAUCGGAUUCAUGAACCAUUACAACACCCGACUCAAGGAGCUGAGAACAAAAAUCAGCCAGGUUAACCGAGCAACCGAAAGUAUGCUGCGAAAUCCGAAAAUGAAACAGUUAUUUGAGAUUAUUCUAGAAUUUGGCACUCGCAUGAACGGAUUGAACAGGGAGUCCGAGAGGGGUUUCAAAAUAUCAUCCUUGGAAUCGCUUUCUCGGAGUCACGUGAGCUCUAAUGACAACACGCAGACAGUAUUAGACUACCUGGUAACGGAAGUAAGCGCCCAUUACCCAGAAGUCCGAGACUGGUACCACGAACUGGACGCCGACCUACCUUCCACAGUGUCGAUACGAGUGAUGGAGAAACAGCUAGACUACCUCAAGAAUGGCGUCAAGAUUCUCAACAUGGAGGCUCUGCAGUACCCGGAUGUUGACACACUCAAAAAUUUUUUGGCGGCGGCGCCAGAUGCGCAUGUGCAGGUGGGGGAGGACUUCGCCAAGAUGAUGUCGCAGUAUAAAGAAGUGUGCACGAUGUUGGGGGAGACGGAUGAAAUGGAGCCACGCGACGUGUUCGACAUGGUGACCAGAUUCGCUGCCGACUACAGACUAACUGUGGAGAAGAUGGAAAGACUUAACAGAGCUAGUACACCACGUCGUCCUGUUUCGGGGGGUAGCGUUCCGAGGUCCCAGAAGGGGGGCGCCAGUGACUUUGACGAAGUGAGAUCAGACAGCACCCUAACGAAGAAGAUCGAUGCUCAGAUCGCAAGCGUCUCCAAACGCCGCGGGAGCAGCCUUAACUGCUUCCACGACACCUCCACCGACAACGUCCCCCCAGCCAUCGCCAGACGGAAGAGGCUGUCCAAGAAUAAGAGUGUGCCUCAGAAGAGUAGUCCUUCCAAAGGAUGGUUCAGUUUCGGCAGGAAGUCCAAAUCUCUGUCGCAACCCGACCUACACAGGGAACCAUUGAGCUCUUCGACAUUUGAGCAAAAACUUCAUAAAGAUGGCUCCUCGAGCAAGACGAGUCUCGACGGCAACUGGGUGCUUUCUCCCCGCCCAGCUCUGCCGAAAGAUUUCAGGGGUCAAACAGCCUGGAAGUCUGAGCCCGAACUGACCCAUUCUCCAGGGCACUAUCUGCCAGAUUUCGUCAAGACGAAGGCGCCCCGGGAAUCUAACGGGGUCAUUCCCCAAACAUUCAUGUUCCCCAACAAAAUUCCAACGGUGUCCAAUCUUUCCAAAGAGCUGGAGGACACUAAAGAAGGCAAAGGGUCUCCUAACCAGGACUAUUCCGAGACUCCGACUCCAGUCGGAACUAUGAGAAGUUACACUGCGGAGCUGGCCGAAAUUCUUGAUGACUUUGAACAGACUCUGUACGCUCACGACGAGGAUACACCUAGGUAUAUGGACGGAGACACAAGCAACACCAUGGGGCCGAUCGUAUUCGUAUGAUACGUGUUAACACGCACUUUAAGUGUGUACGUGUUGUUGGUUUAAAAAGUGUUAUUGUGCAUCAGUAGUGAGUAUGGUUUUACGCCUCUUUUAACAAUAUAACAGCGGGGGAUAGCAGAGAUGGGCUUCACACAUUGCACCCAUGUGGGCAAUCGAACCCGGGCCUUCGGCGUGACGAACGAACGCAUUAACCACUUGGCUACCCAACCGCCUCAUGGAUUUCAGUAAAAGACAUUGCAUUCCUGCUUAUUGAACGUAUGUUCUGGAAACUAAGGAAACGUUUGGAUAGAUUCCUAUCGGUAGUUCCGGUCGUGUGGACUAAGGUGCAGGAUCCAUUUUACAACAAGUGGUCAGGGAAUUCAACAUGGGGGUAUUUUACGCCAAUACGCAGCUAUUCUAUAGCCCUGAAUUGGUUGGUUGAUUCUCAUACUCCGUUGCUCACAAGAUCAGUCACUGGUUUAUCUAGCCCAGACUCGAUUAAUUAUAGGAAGCCGACAUAUAGCUGGAAUAUUGCUUACAAGGUCGUAAAAUAACAAACAUACAUAUUACGGUUGUCCAAGUCCAUUUAUCAUACGAAUAUCGUAAGGAAUCAUGGAACACGGCUAUUCUUCGUCACUGGUGAAUGCGGCUUCGACGACGGAAACGCCAUUUUGACACCAACAUUGUGUUUGUAAAUUAAGAUUGUAUAUAUUGUAUAGCGCUCAUCUAAGAUAUAGUACAAAGUAGCUGCGAUAGUUAGUGAACAAGACCAUGUUCCACAUGGCAUAGGAAGACGUAUACACAGUGCAAUAUAUUUUCAAAUAUGCAAUAUGAGACAAUAUUAUACUGCAGUGUACUUUGCAUUCAUUUCUACAUAUAUUUUAUAUCAUAAGCAUGUUGGUCUCCCAGUUUGAUAUAAAGCCGGGCUGUUAAGCAGAAAAGCAGUAAUACAUUUUGAAACCAACCCUUGCAGUAUGGAGAUUUGUCCAUCCACCACAAAUGUUCAGAGAGGUGUCGUUCCCUCCUAUUAUCCUCGCUUUAGCGUGCUUCGUGAGCUUCCGUGUAAUAUCGGUAGAGUGAGAACACGGCUACAAGGAAUAGCGGUAUAAUGGGGUACAGGGUUUAAUAAAUAGUUAGCAGUACACGUGACUCGACGAGAAUAGCCACGGCAAUUGUGAGCAGAAAAGUGGCAGAAAAUUGUUUGAAAAGGGAAAAUUCUGGUGUAUUAGUAGUAUAACACUGCCAUUAAAGCAAAGUUGAAGUUGAAGCAAUGUUCCCGGCAUUGUUACUGCAUUUCAUCAACAUAGUUCCUGAAUAAAUACAUUUGUAAACCCUU